UGCAGUUUCGUUUCUGGUGUCCCGGGCAGCAGAAGCUGGAGCAAUGGCGUCGAUGUCGGAGACGAGCCUGGAGGGCCUGGAGGAGGAACUGACCUGCUCCAUCUGCCUCUGCCUCUUCAGCAGCCCUGUCACCAUCCCCUGCGGGCACAACUUCUGCACCAGCUGCCUGGAGCUCACCUGGGAGGGGCUGUCGGGGUCCUUCAGCUGCCCGCAGUGCCGGGCCACCUUCAAGAGCCGCCCGCAGCUGCAGAAGAACACGGUUCUGUGCAAGGUGGUAGAGCAGCUCCAGGGCCGCUCCGGGGUUGGGAAACAGGAGGAGGAAGAGGAGGAGGAAGCAUCAGCAGAGCGGGGCGGGGAGGAGACCCCCAUCUUUUGCGAUAGCUGCCUGCAGGCUCCGGCCGUGCAGACCUGCCUGACCUGCACCGCCUCCUUUUGCGCCGAACACCUGCGGCCACACCAGGACAGCCCUGCCUUCCGUGCCCACCAGCUGUGCCCGCCGCUGCGCGACCUGCAGCAGCGCAAGUGCCAGAAGCACGACAAGCUCUUCGAGUUCUUCUGCAGACAGCACGGCAGCUGCAUCUGCUCCCUCUGCCUGCUCGAGCACAAGCUGUGCCACACCAGCCCCUUGGAGGUAGCCAAAGCCAACGCUGAGUUGGUGCUGAAGAAGAAACUGGUGGAGCUGCAUAACCAGAGUGAAAGGACUGCUCAGUUGAUAACAAGGGUGAAGACAAACCAAAGCCAAGCUGCUGAGACAGCUUCCAGAAAGAGAGAUCUGAUCAGAAGUGAGUUUUCAGAAAUUAAAGCUUUAAUUGAAGAAAAAGAAAACAACACCUUGAAAGUCAUUGCAGAUGAAGAAAAAAGAGUUUACAAUAAGUUUGAUUAUGUUUGCGGUAUCCUGGGAAAUAAGAAGAAGGAAAUUCAGUCUCUGACAGAUCAGAUUGAGAUGGCCCUGACUGAAGGUGAUGAUGUUCUGUUUUUGAAGAGAGCAACAGCACUGCAACGCACAUCAACUAAAGACGCCUAUGUUCCCACAAUUGAAAUGGACCAAAACUUGAUGCAUUCCACUUACCAGGCUGCCGUUAACCUUAAAGACACUGUGAAGCAAUCAGUGCCUCAGUGUAAGCAGAGAAAAAAAGUGGAAAGUACCCUGUCAGUGGGAGAAGUGGCAUUUGCUGCCAUGGCUUUGAGCUCCAAUGAGGAAUCUUCCCCCUCCAGUGCUAAUAUCAUUAAAAGAAAUGCAAACCCACCCCCUGUGAAAGCUAAACCCACUGCAGCACCUGCUGCAAGCAAAACUGCUGGGAAAAAGACACGUAAGCUGGAAAUCCUGCUCAUGAGCUCUUCACCUUCUGUUUCUUUUCUUUCUUCCCCGCAACAAGACAAAGUCCUUCAGCAGACUCAAGGCACCUCACAGGUGGAGGCAAAUACCAAGGAGAAGAAAAAAGCUCCUAAAGUUGCACCAACCACAGGAACUCCAAGUGCUGCAGCUGCUGUUUCAAAUAAAGAGCUUAUGGAGAGCUUCAUGAAGAAACCCAGAGAGGAGCUUUUGCAGUAUGCUGCUAACAUCACCCUGGAUUUCAACACCGCUCACGACAAGGUGAUUCUGUCUGACAAGUACACCAGGAUGGCAGUCUCGGACACCCCCAUGAAUUAUACCUACCACCCUCAGCGCUUCAUGGAUUGUCCCCAAGUGCUGGGCUUCCAGUGCUUCAAGAGAGGCAUCCACUACUGGGAGGUGGAAAUGCAGCAGAACAACUUCUGUGGCAUUGGGAUCUGCUACGGCAGCAUGGACCGGCAGGGCCCCGAGAGCCGCCUGGGCAGGAACAGCAGCUCCUGGUGCAUUGAGUGGUUUAACUCCAAAAUAUCAUCCUGGCAUGAUGAUGUAGAAAAGUGCCUGCCCAAUGUGAAGGCUACCAAGAUUGGGGUGCUGCUCCACUGUGAGGGAGGCUUUGUGCUCUUCCUGGCUGUUGGGGAGAAGCAUAAUGUGAUCUAUAAGUUCAAGGCCCAGUUCUCUGAAGCCUUGUACCCUGCCUUCUGGUUGUUUUCCAGUGGCACUGUGCUUUCGCUCAGUGCAAUGAAAGAUUAAGGCCUCAGAUCUGAGUGUAGUUUGCAGAUAAUCAGUCCUACAGCAACUCUUCUUUAGUCUAAAAAGUCUCAAAGAUUCUAUGUUUCAGAUAAAAAAAUGAGUAGCUUUUUUAAGCAGUUUGGGGAAAUCUGCUGAUGCUUUGGUCUGAAUUGCUAGUGCAAUAGUGAUUUAGUAUAAUGUAUGUAUAGUAUGAUUUAGAUAGUGAUUUAGUAGAAAUGUCCAUGAUGGAGAGGAAAAGCUACACUGAAAGGUUUUGCAAAGACCCUAACUGUCCUUCUAAAGCAAAGUGAUGGUACAAACCAUUGUCAGAUGUCUUCAGUAGCCACCGUGGCUUCUGUGGUUUGCUGUAAAGGAUCCCCAGAGUUAAUAUUCCAGUCUAAAUGUGUUUUGCAGGUAGCCAAUAGCCCCUUUGAGAAAGAAACAGGAAGAAGUCCUUGACAAAUUCAGGUUCCAGGCUUUGAGGUACGACUCAUUGUUGCCUUUUUCUCUAUAGGCAGACUGUUGUCCAUCAUCAGGGUUUGCAGUACACAAGUUCUGGGUGUAUGGCUCCAUGAGAUGGUGCAGUCAAUUGUUACUAAGCUCGGGUCACAGGACCUGAAGUUAUAAAAGGCAACAUGACAAAUCUCAGAAUGGAAAUGCAGCGGCUUUUACAGAGUU